CCCGAAUCGGCCUAGGGGGCAAGAGCGGAACGUGUCUGUAUGUGUGUGUGUAGAUAUGUAGGUUCACCAUGGACAGCUAGGUACGGUACGGAACGUGGAGGCCAGACAGUCCAUGAAUCCAUGAACCCAUGAUGAACCCAUGAUCAUCCGACGCGAUUGAUGGAUGGGUUGGGUUGGGUUGGUUGGUUAUCGGUUGGUGCUAAGCGGUACCGUAUCUGACCGUGUGCUCUAUGUAGUCGCUGUCGCUGUCGUCGUCGCUGUCGUCGUCAUGUCAUGUCUAAUAUCUGCGGCCGUUUCUGUGAAGGUCCGGUCCGGCCGGCGGGCGGGCGGGAGGAGGGGGUGUUUUUCCUUCUUUUUUUCCUUUCUUUUUCGAUUUUCUGUCUGGAUUUCUGUCGGUUUCUCUUUUCUUUUUAUUCCUUUUCUUUUCGUUUCUUUUUUCUUUCGUGGAGGAAACAUUUGGUUCAGUUUAGAGAUGUAGAUGGAAUUGUAUGGCGUGCGGAGUUCAAAGUUCUAGGCUCGCUCCUUUAUUUCAUGCAUUCCGUACUCUACUCUACUCUGAUCUGCUCUGCUCUACUCACUGCGUACUGCUACUAUAUCUACU